GGGGGUAUCCAAGUUUUGCUUUCAAAAUAAUUCAUUGUGAAAUAUUGCCAUAUAUUAUAAAAUCACGGAUAAUAAUGAAUGAAUGAUAUAUCCACAAAUCUGUUUCCACCAUGAAAGUCACUGGUUUACAUUUAGUUUUAGUUGGAAUAACUCUCACGUUUGUAUCUAUAACAAAUAUACAUUGUGAAAAAAAUCCAGAUUGUAUAAAUUGUUUUAAUGGAUGUAAUAACCUGACUGGUUAUUGUAACGGAAGUUGCCUCGAUGGGUACUAUGGGUCCGAAUGUAGCUCGACAUGUCAACAAAACUGCCUGUAUAGAUGUCAUAGAAGUACAGGCGAAUGUACAUAUUGUAAGAGAUCAUAUUAUGGUGUAAACUGUACUGACAGCUGCCCAGAAAGAUGUUACAAGAAUUAUUGUAAUCAAAGUGGUAUUUGUAAUGUUUGCGAGAGAUCUUUUUAUGGGGAUCACUGUGAAAAAAAUUGUCCCCCAAACUGCUUCCAGGGUGGUUCCUGUGACCAACAUACCGGUGAAUGCACUAUUGCCUGUGAUGUCGGGUUUUGGGGAAAUUCAUGUGAGAAUAAUUGCAGUAACAGGUGCGAGUCAUGUGAUCGAACAUAUGGCAUUUGUUCUACUUAUUCAUGUAAACCUGGUUACGGUGGUUUCAACUGUCAGCUGAACUGUAUAGCACACUGUGACUCAUGUAGUGAGAAUGAUACUUGUAAUAAAUGUUCAAAAGGCUGGUUUGGAAAAAAAUGUGAACUGCAAUGCUCAGUGAACUGUCGGUAUUCGGCUUGUAUGAGAUUUGAUGGUUUUUGUACCUGUUCAAAAGGCUGGUAUUAUGAAGAUUGUCAUAAAAAAUGUAUCAAAAACUGUGAUUCGUGCAUCGAUAAUAUUACUUGUAAUGUAUGCUCAGAGGGAUAUUUUGGUCGAUAUUGCGAAAAUUCUUGUCCUAACAAUUGUACAAAAUGCACAAAGGACGGUGCAAAAUGUACCACAUGCAAUUCAAUGAGAAUAUUUGGUGACCAAUGUACUUGCGACUUUGACCAAUGCUUGAGACAUGAAUCUGGUUCGCAUUGUGUCGAAUGUAAAAAUAGUGGUUGGUAUCCGGAAAUAGGAGGAUGUUGUAGAUGUAGUGACAAUUGUAAGGGCGGACAUUUAAACUGUGACAAUACCACUGGUGUAUGUUUAGACGGGUGUGAGUCAGGAUAUUACGGGACACACUGUGUUGAUAAAUGCAGCAGUCAUUGUAUUGGAAAUGAUACUGUUUGUAAUUCAACAACCGGUGUAUGUCCGUCUGGAUGUGAACCCGAUUGGUAUUAUUCCACAUGUAAAUACGGAUGUUCACUUCUGACGCCACACUGCGCAAAAUGUACGCAGUUUAAAAAUAAACGUAAUUAUGAAUAUGCAAGUUGCGAUGCCUGCAAUGACGGGUUUUACAAACCCGUACUUGAAAACUUUUGUGCACCUUGUGAAGAGUGUUUAAAUGACAAAUGUAAUGGUAGUACAGGAGAUUGUCUUGAAGGUUGUAAGCCAGGAUGGUAUGUCAAUCCUUAUAGAUUACCGUUUUACUGCCGAAAAUGUGGAGACUGCAUUGACGGUUUAUGUGACCCAAUUAAUGGAACAUGUAUACAUGGAUGUAAAAAUGGUUUGAAAGGUGACAUCUGUUUCUCAUCUUGUCUUGGUUAUUGUUUAAAUAAAACUUGUGAUCAGUUUUCUGGUGAUUGCAUUAAAUGUAUCCCUGGACAUUAUGGUAACAACUGCUUUUACGGUUGUGGGAACUGCCUUGGAGGAACAUGUAAUCAAACUACUGGGAUUUGUGAAGAUGGUUGCACAGAUGGGUUCUUUGGUCCAAAAUGUUCUGAAUCGUGUAGCCAAUGUAUGGGCUUAAAGUGCGAUAGACAAGGAGUUUGCAUGUCAGGUUGUCUUCCUGGUAAAUACGGAAUUUACUGCAAUGAAACCUGUGCAGAUAAUUGUUUGGUUUGCCAUCCAGUGACUGGUCAAUGCCUUCAUGUAUCACCGUUAUGUAAUAAUAAUACCUGUACCAUGAAUUUCACGAAUUCCGUAUGUCCGCCGGGAAAAUUCGGUUCUUAUUGUAACCUUACAUGCAGCAUAACAUGCUCAAAUACAUCCUUAUAUGGUUAUUUGUGUGAAAAAUACAAUGGUUCUUGUAUAGAAACUUGUGCUGCGGGUCGGUUUGGACUAUUUUGUGAUGAGUCGUGUGGAAAAUGUGCUUCCGCAGAAAACACAUUGACGUCAUGUAAUCCAUUGAACGGAAGCUGUGUGAGCUGUUUUAAGGGUUAUUAUGGAAAACAAUGUUUUAAAAAGUGCAGUGCAUCGUGCUUUGAAAGAGACUGUUAUGAUAACGGUGUGUGCUCACAUGGAUGUGAAUCAGGAUGGGAAGGUACAUUAUGUGAAGUGAAUAAGCCCGCUAAGCAGAAAAGAAUUUCCGGUGGCUCAGUGGCAGGAAUAGUUAGUGGAUGCGUAGCUGCUGUGAUUUUAUUCGUCAUUUUGUCAUAUUUCAUAUAUAGACGAACUUCACGAAUUAACGAGGACAAUUCCUUCCGUAUGAACAAACUACAAUACUGAACAGUAAAGAAUCAAACGGAAGCAAAU